UCCUCCUCCCCCGCUCCCCCCUGCUCCCGCCCCUCCCCGGGUGCACAUGGGCCGGGCGCUCUGAGUCUGUGCGAAGCCCUGCGGCGACGGUAGCAGAAGGAGCGGUCCUGCAGCAGCAUCGCGCUAUGCACUGAGCCCGGCCAGCCGGCCGCCUGCCUCCUCCUUCCCUGCCCGCAUCGAGCUAUCCAGACGCCUACUUCCUCCUCCUCCUCCGGUCCCACCGGUCCUACGGGGGUGACGAGGCCGUCAUCUGGAGAGGGGCAGGGGGCUCCCCGGAGCCGGGAAGAGGCCCAAGCGAUGGCGGCGGCGGUGGGGGCGGUGGGCGCCUUCAACGGCUUCGCGCCCUGCAUCCAGUCCGAGGCGCAGGCUGCCCAGCUCUGCCGGAGCCUGGAGGUGGGCACCGUGAUGACUCUGUUCUAUUCGAAAAAAUCUCAGCGUCCAGAGAGGAAAACUUUCCAGGUCAAACUGGAAACCAGGCAGAUCACAUGGAGCAGAGGCUCGGAUAAAAUCGAAGGAGGCAUUGACAUCCGUGAGAUCAAGGAAAUCCGUCCUGGGAAGAGCUCCCGAGAUUUCGACCGCUAUCAGGAGGACCCUUCGUUUCGGCCGGACCAGUCCCACUGCUUCGUCAUCUUGUAUGGGAUGGAGUUCCGCCUGAAAACCCUGAGUCUACAAGCCACGUCGGAGGAAGAAGUGAACAUGUGGAUCAGAGGCCUGAACUGGCUGGUGACUGAUACUGUCAAGGCAGCCACCCCGCUGCAGAUCGAGAGGUGGCUCCGGAAGCAGUUCUACUCAGUGGAUCGCAACAGGGAAGACAGGAUUUCCGCUAAGGACUUGAAAAACAUGCUGUCCCAGGUCAACUACCGUGUCCCUAACAUGCGGUUCCUGAGGGAGCGGCUGACGGAUCUGGAGCAGCGCAAUGGGGACAUCACCUACGGACAGUUUGCUCAGCUGUACCGCACCCUGAUGUACAGCGCUCAGAAAGCGAUUGAGCACCCUCUCGUCGAAGCCAAAAUCAUCAGGAUUGGGGAGCAUCCCGAGCUCUGUAAGUUGUCGCUCCCAGAGUUCCAGCAGUUCCUCGAGGAACACCAGAAGGAGCCCUGGGCCUCGGACAGGAGCCUGGUGCAGGAGUUCAUGCUUAGCUUCCUCCGGGACCCCCUGCGGGAGAUCGAGGAGCCGUACUUCUCACUGGACGAGUUUCUCACCUUCCUGUUCUCCAAAGAAAACAGCGUUUGGAACACCCAGCUCGACGCUGUGUGCCCGGAAAGCAUGAACAACCCCCUGUCACAGUACUGGAUCUCCUCAUCACACAAUACGUACCUAACGGGUGACCAGUUCUCCAGCGAGUCGUCGUUAGAAGCCUAUGCCCGCUGCCUGCGCAUGGGCUGCCGCUGCAUCGAGUUGGACUGCUGGGACGGGCCGGAUGGCAUGCCGGUCAUCUACCAUGGGCACACGCUGACCACCAAGAUCAAAUUCUCUGACGUCCUGCACACCAUCAAGGAGCACGCCUUCGUGACCUCAGAGUACCCCGUGAUCCUUUCGAUCGAGGAUCACUGUAGCAUCGCCCAGCAGCGGAACAUGGCUCACUAUUUCAAGAAGGUGUUCGGAGACAUGCUGCUCACGAAGCCGGUGGACGUCUCGGCCGACGGACUGCCGGCUCCCAAUCAGCUCAAGAGGAAGAUUCUCAUUAAGCACAAGAAGCUGGCAGAGGGCAGCGCGUACGAGGAGGUGCCAACGUCAGCUAUGUACUCGGAGAAUGACAUCAGCAACUCCAUCAAGAACGGCAUUCUCUACCUGGAGGACCCCAUCAACCACGAAUGGUACCCCCACUACUUUGUCCUGACCAGCAGCAAGAUCUACUACUCAGAGGAGACCACCAAUGACCAGGGGAAUGAGGAUGAGGAGGAACAGAAGGAGGCGAGCAACAGCACGGAGCUGCACUCGGCCGAGAAGUGGUUCCACGGGAAGCUGGGCGCGGGACGGGACGGCCGGCACAUCGCCGAGCGGCUGCUCACCGAGUACUGCAUCGAGACCGGCGCCCCUGACGGCUCCUUCCUGGUGCGCGAGAGCGAGACCUUCGUGGGAGACUACACCCUCUCCUUCUGGCGCAACGGGAAGGUGCAGCACUGCCGCAUCCACUCCCGCCAGGACGCCGGCAGCCCCAAGUUCUUCCUCACCGACAACCUGGUGUUCGACAGCCUGUACGCCCUCAUCACCCACUAUCAGCAGGUGCCGCUGCGCUGCAACGAGUUCGAGAUGCGCCUGACGGAGCCCGUGCCCCAGACCAACGCCCACGAGAGCAAGGAGUGGUACCACGCCAGCCUGACGCGGACCCAGGCGGAGCACAUGCUGAUGAGGGUCCCGCGUGACGGGGCCUUCCUGGUGCGCAAGAGGAGCGAGCCCAACUCCUACGCCAUUUCCUUCCGGGCGGAAGGGAAGAUCAAGCACUGCCGCGUCCAGCAGGAGGGCCAGACGGUCAUGCUGGGCAACUCGGAGUUCGACAGCCUGGUGGACCUCAUCAGCUACUACGAGAAGCACCCGCUGUACCGCAAGAUGAGGCUGCGUUAUCCCAUCAACGAGGAGACGUUGGAGAAGAUAGGCACCGCGGAGCCAGACUACGGAGCCCUGUACGAAGGCCGCAACCCCGGCUUCUACGUGGAGGCCAACCCGAUGCCCACCUUCAAGUGUGCAGUCAAGGCCCUGUUCGACUACAAGGCCCAGCGGGAGGACGAGCUGACGUUCACCAAGAGUGCCAUCAUCCAGAAUGUGGAAAAGCAGGAGGGGGGCUGGUGGAGGGGAGACUACGGAGGCAAGAAACAGCUCUGGUUCCCUUGCAACUAUGUGGAGGAAAUGGCCAGUCCGGCCCUGGAGCCCGAGAGAGAGCAGCUGGACGAGAACAGCCCCCUGGGGGACCUGCUGAGAGGAGUCUUGGAUGUGCCCUCCUGUCAGAUCGCCAUCCGCCCAGAGGGGAAGAACAGCCGGCUGUACGUGUUCUCCGUGAGCAUGGCCUCGUUGUCGCACUGGUCCCUGGACGUGGCGGCCGACACGCAGGAGGACCUGCAGGACUGGGUGAAGAAGAUCCGCGAGGUGGCCCAGACCGCGGACGCCAGGCUCACAGAAGGGAAGAUGAUGGAGCGAAGGAAGAAGAUCGCCUUGGAGCUGUCCGAGCUGGUCGUCUACUGCCGGCCGGUGCCCUUCGAUGAAGAGAAGAUCGGCACGGAGAGGGCCUGCUACAGGGACAUGUCCUCCUUCCCCGAGACCAAGGCCGAGAAGUACGUGAACAAGAGCAAAGGCAAGAAGUUCCUGCAAUACAACCGGCUGCAGCUAUCCCGUAUAUACCCCAAAGGCCAGCGCCUCGACUCUUCCAACUACGACCCCCUGCCCAUGUGGAUCUGCGGCAGCCAGCUUGUCGCCCUCAACUUCCAGACCCCAGACAAGCCCAUGCAGAUGAACCAGGCGCUGUUCAUGUCCAGCGGCCGUUGCGGCUACGUGAUGCAGCCCUGCAGCAUGCGCGACGACGUCUUCGACCCCUUCGACAAGAACAGCCUCCGCGGCCUCGAGUCGUGGACCAUUAACAUCGAGGUCCUGGGGGCUCGGCAUCUCCCCAAGAAUGGCAGGGGCAUCGUGUGCCCAUUUGUGGAGAUCGAGGUGUCUGGGGCCGACUAUGACAACGCCAAGCAGAAGACAGAAUUUGUGGUGGACAACGGUCUGAACCCCGUAUGGCCCCCCAAGCCCUUCCAGUUCCAGAUCAUCAACCCCGAGUUUGCCUUCCUGCGCUUCGUCGUGUACGAAGAGGACAUGUUCAGUGACCAAAACUUCCUGGCCCAAGCCACAUUCCUGGUGAAAGGACUGAAAUCAGGGUACAGAGCGGUGCCCCUGAAGAACAACUACAGCGAGGACUUGGAAUUGGCUUCCCUCCUCAUCAAGAUCAACAUCUACCCGGCCAAGCAGGAGAAUGGCGAGCUGAGCCAGUUCAGCCCCGCGUCCCUGCGAGAGCGGGGUAGCGACUCCUCGGGCCAGCUCCUCAACAGCCGGCCCCGCGUGGGCUCCUUCGAAGCCCGCUACCAGCAGCCGUUUGAGGACUUCCGCCUCUCCCCGGAGCAGCUGGCCGAGCACUUCGAGGUCCGGGAGCGAAGGGCCUUGCGGAGGACCAGAGUCAACGGAGAUAAUCGCCUCUAG